UUCACAAAAAUCGCCAAUCAGGCAUGGGCAAAAAUUCGAAUAUUACAAAAAGAAGAAAAUCGUCAUAAACGUAUAAAAAGGCAAUGUUGUUGGACUGGAAAUAGUUGUUGUAGUGGAUAUAGAAAUAAUAAUUUUAAUAAUAAUAAUUUUGGAAAUUCUUUAUGGACAAGUGGAGGUGUUGGAGGAGGAAGGGUGGAUGAAGGAAGGGGAUAUAAUUUGAAUACUCCUCCAAAUACUCAAAAUAAUUUAUAUGCUACAAAUAUCAAUUUUAGGUGGUUAUGCGACAAGCGGUUAUGCCAAACCAAAAUGUAUACCUCAACAAGGUCCUCAAGGCCCGCCCGGUCUGCCAGGCCCUCCGGGAGAACCAGGUCCUAAAGGCAUUUCUGGUGCUCCAGGCCGUCCUUGGGGAGGAGGAAUACAUGAGGAUGAUGGGAGUUAUUUGGAGGAAGAUGAUGAUGCUUUACUUUUAAAUAACCAAGGAGAAAAUAUUGUUAAUUCUGAUGGGGGAUGUUACAAAACUGGCCCUGACCAAGGAUGUAUAUUAUGUCCUGCUGGACCACCAGGACCUGUUGGACGUCAGGGAAUACAAGGCCCUCCUGGACCGAACGGCUUGCCAGGAAUUCCAGGAACAGCAGGACGUUCAAGACCAGGACCACCAGGUUUACCUGGAGAUAGAGGUCUUCCAGGACGUUUAGGACUUAACGGACGACCUGGCCCUCCUGGCAGAAAUGCUAUUAGAUAUAUUGGAUUGCCCGGCCCGAAAGGUUUGCCUGGCCGACCAGGGCCAUGUGGACCUAAAGGACGUCCUGGACCAAAAAUCUCCGGAGCUCCCGGACCUGUUGGCGCUGCCGGACCUCCCGGAUUACAAGGAAUUCCUGGCUCACCAGGGCUGCCUGGAAUGCCAGGAUUGGCUGGACAACAUGGAAAUGAUGGGCAAUAUUGUCCCUGCCCUCCUCGCAACGAUUUUUAUCAGGAACGUCCGCCUGUGUAUAAUAAAGGGAAUGGAAAUUUUAAUGGGAUUAAUCAACCAAUGUCAAAAAGAAUGUCUGGUGAAGUAAUACAUAAAAAGAUAGCUAAAACGAUAAAUAAAGCUAUGAUAUUUAGAGCCAAAUCAAAAAUUUAG